AUGUGGAGCUCUUCAGUAAGCCAAGCUUUUGACAAUGAUCCGACUUUAAAGGACAUUCUUGCAUCGACCUACACAAGUUCAAGGAGAAGAAAUUAUGCCAUCAUUAAUGGAGCUGAUAAAUCUUUGCUUCCUCUCUUAGAAGAACUUGUUCAACAGAGUCUCAAUCUUCUUCUUAUUGGGAAUGAUGAGCCGACUCUUGAGUAUCUUAAAGAUGAAUUAAAGGAUAUUCUUGAAGAAAAAGAACUUAACUUGACCACUGAAUAUAUCAUCGUGAAGCAAGAUGAGUGGAUUAAUAAGGAUACUGUAAAGGCUAUUGAUGAAACUAUCAAUGCCCUCGACUUCCCUUGCUUACUGAUUAAUAACUACAGAUUUUAUAAUGAGAAUUUUAUCACUCCAAGCACUAGCUCAUUUAUGCCAAUUGGAAUGAGUUCUCCUUCUUUAAUGGUGUAUCAAUCGAUGAUGAAGAAUUACCCUUUGACUUGAUUGACAGAGAUAUUAGGAAAAUCUUUCUACGCAGUUGAGAAAUCAAGAGGAGUUGAUCUUGAAGAUACCACAGACCCCAUGAAAUAUGAAGCAUUAGACUCUUUAGUUCUCAAAAAGACUAAAUCUGGACAAAAGAGAGCUAUGAAAAAGUGGGCUCUCCUCAACAUCAAAGAGCCUAUUAAAGAAAUGGAGGAUUUAAACAAAAGAACAGAGAGUGAGCAACAAUUCCUCAAUGAACAUCCUGAGCACAUGCUUAACGAGAAGGAAGAAGAUGAAAAGGAGCCUGAGGAUAAGGAAGAAGAAAACAAAGAAGGAGACUUCUGGCAAAUGAUCGAAGAAUACACUGUUCAAGAGCCAAAAAUUUGGGAUUGCUACCAACUAUUUUGCAAGCUUAUUAACUACAAGUAUAACCCAUACGACGAUCAAGAGUUAGAAGAGUACUUAGCAAUGCAAGAGGUAAAUGACCAGAUGAAAGCAGAAGCAACAGCAGGAUCAAGUUGGCCAUUUGGAAAGUAA